UUACCAAGCAUAUCUCAGGAAAUGAUUCGGAUUAGAGUUGCGUUCAUCUCUGUUGUCCAUUAUUAAAACAUUUCCAUUGUAUGUAACAGUGUAUUUAAGGUUUGUCAAUCGUAAUUCUUAUAUUUUUGUUAGCAAAAAUUUAAAGAACCAGUUCCUUUCACUGAUAUAUAACUAAAAUUUGACCAAGACUUUGAAUCAGAUUGCUGAAAAUAAGUAAAAUCCGUAAGUGCGAUUCUAAAUAACGAUACCUGAUUGAAUAUGGCUGGAAAACAAAAUGCCGAAGAAUUGGCUACUGCCAUUUUGAAAACCAAACAAAAACCAAACAGACUUAUUGUUGAAGAAGCUGUAAAUGAUGAUAAUUCAGUGGUUGAUUUGUCACAGUCAAAAAUGAAUGAGUUGCAACUUUUCCGUGGUGACACAAUUCUGCUGAAGGGCAAGAAACGCAGAGAGACUGUUUGCAUUGUCUUGUCUAGUGAUGGAGUUCCCAAUGAGAAGAUCCGUAUGAACAGAUGCAUUCGAAAUAACCUUCGAGUCAGAUUGGGUGAUGUAGUAAAUAUCCAACCAUGUCCGGAUGUGAAGUAUGGGAAAAGAAUACAUGUUCUGCCCAUUGAUGAUACAGUUGAAGGUUUGACAGGGAGCUUAUUUGAUGUGUACCUAAAGCCUUACUUCUUGGAAGCAUACAGACCCAUCCAUAAAGGGGACUUGUUCUUAGUGCGUGGUGGUAUGCGAGCUGUAGAGUUCAAAGUGGUUGAAACUGAUCCCAGCCCUUACUGUAUUGUGGCACCUGACACUGUUAUCCAUUGUGAAGGAGAUCCUAUCAAGCGUGAAGAAGAAGAGGAAACUCUAAAUGCUGUAGGGUAUGAUGAUGUUGGUGGAUGCAGAAAACAAUUGGCCCAAAUUAAAGAGAUGGUUGAAUUACCUCUGCGACAUCCAAGCCUUUUCAGGGCCAUUGGUGUUAAACCUCCAAGGGGAAUUCUGUUGUAUGGGCCUCCUGGCACAGGAAAAACUUUGAUUGCCAGGGCUGUAGCUAAUGAAACUGGAGCCUUUUUCUUCCUAAUCAAUGGUCCCGAGAUUAUGAGCAAGUUGGCUGGUGAAUCUGAAAGUAAUUUGCGUAAAGCUUUCGAAGAAGCAGAGAAGAAUGCUCCUGCUAUUAUUUUCAUUGAUGAAUUGGAUGCUAUUGCACCUAAAAGAGAAAAAACUCAUGGUGAAGUGGAGAGACGUAUUGUAUCCCAACUCUUAACAUUGAUGGAUGGCCUCAAACAGAGGUCUCAUGUCAUAGUUAUGGCAGCUACAAACAGACCAAACAGCAUUGAUGCUGCUCUGCGUCGAUUUGGUCGUUUCGAUCGUGAAGUUGAUAUUGGUAUUCCUGAUGCCACUGGAAGAUUGGAAAUUCUUCGUAUCCACACCAAAAACAUGAAACUCGCUGAAGACGUUGAUCUUGAAAAGAUUGCUGGUGAGACCCAUGGUUUUGUUGGAUCUGAUUUGGCUGCUUUAUGUUCUGAAGCUGCUUUGCAACAAAUUCGUGAGAAGAUGGACUUGAUUGAUUUAGAAGAUGAACAGAUUGAUGCUGAAGUUCUUAAUUCCCUUGCUGUUACAAUGGACAACUUUAGGUGGGCUAUGGGUAAGAGCAGUCCAAGUGCUUUACGUGAGACUGUAGUUGAAGUACCAAGUGUCACUUGGGAUGACAUUGGUGGUUUGGAAACAACAAAGAAAGAACUCCAAGAAAUGAUCCAGUACCCAGUGGAGUAUCCAGACAAGUUCUUGAAAUUUGGCAUGACUCCAUCACGAGGUGUCUUGUUCUAUGGCCCUCCUGGUUGUGGUAAAACUCUACUGGCCAAAGCCAUUGCCAAUGAAUGCCAAGCCAAUUUCAUUUCCAUUAAAGGACCAGAACUCUUGACUAUGUGGUUUGGUGAGUCAGAAGCCAAUGUUAGAGAUAUCUUUGACAAGGCUCGUGCUGCUGCACCUUGUGUACUAUUCUUUGAUGAAUUAGAUUCCAUUGCGAAAGCCAGAGGUGGAAGUGUUGGAGAUGCAGGUGGAGCUGCUGACAGAGUUAUUAACCAAAUUUUGACUGAAAUGGAUGGCAUGAGUAGCAAAAAGAAUGUUUUCAUUAUUGGUGCCACAAACAGACCUGACAUCAUUGAUCCAGCCAUUUUGAGACCUGGACGUCUCGAUCAGCUUAUCUACAUUCCAUUACCUGAUGAAAAGUCUAGAGAAUCUAUAUUAAAGGCUAACUUAAGAAAAUCCCCAGUUUCUCAGAAUGUUGACCUGAGUUACAUUGCCAAAGUGACCCAAGGCUUCAGUGGUGCUGACUUAACAGAAGUAUGCCAGCGAUCCUGCAAGUUGGCAAUCAGAGAAUCCAUUGAAGCUGAAAUCAGAAAAGAAAAAGAACGACAGCAAAAUCCUGAUGCGGCUGCAGCUAUGGAUACUGAUGACUAUGACCCUGUCCCUGAAAUUCGCCGUGAUCACUUUGAAGAAGCUAUGAAAUUUGCACGUCGAUCUGUGAGUGAUAAUGAUAUUAGAAAAUAUGAAAUGUUCGCUCAAACAUUACAGCAAAGUAGAGGUUUUGGUACAAAUUUUAGGUUUCCUAACUCUCAAAAUCCCAGUGGGGGCACCCAGAACAAUUCAGGCCAGCCUCUUCCCGAGGAUAACGAUGAUGAUUUGUACAGUUAAAGUGUUGUAUUCGAGUAGAAGAAUCAGCAUUUGUGAUGGGUUAUUUAAUAUUUGUUUCAAUGAAUAUAUAUAAAAAAAAGGCACUGUUUUUACAUACGCUCCUGCUGAGCCAAGGACUACUGCUUUCUCACCAUUUCAGUCAAGGACAUUAUUUUAUCUAUUUUGCAAGAUAUCCAUGAUUUAAACCUCUUUGUAUAACAAAUUUCAACUACAAAAACCAAAAUAUAAUGUGCUUCUGCGAGGCACUGGUGAAGAUUGUUUUAUUAUCCCCCUUGUGUUGAUGUCCAAAUUUUCUCGAUUCAUUAUAAAAAAUGAAACCAAUUUUAGCUCACUUAUAAACACAUGUAUAAAUGAUCAUAGAUAUUUCUCAUGUUUUUUUCAAUUUUUUUUUCUUUUUGUAUUUCAUUGGGAUAUGAUCCCCUCGUGUUUGUAAUCUGAUUUGAGCUUUUGGUUUAGAUAAUAAAUACAUUGUGACAUUG